UAUGGGCUUUGUAGCGUAAAUUUGUCUCUGUUGUUUCUAAAGGGGAGACUUCCAGCUGUCUUAUGGCAUAAAGAUGCCAAAAGUGCGAAAUGACUAGAUGGGAGCCAAGAAACCGGCUACCUAGGAAUUGGGAGGGUGGCCUUGUGAGUUGGAAUGCCUGUCUAAAUGUUGAGAUUAGACACAAUGGAUGAAGAUCGAUUAAUGAAAGAAGUCCUGGAUAAGUUUGUGAAUUGUCAUGAGCAGACAUACGAAGAAUUUCUGAGUACUUUCACUUAUCUUUCAAAAGAGAUCGCUGUAACCAAAGGGGGAAGACAUGGAACUAGUUCAUCAGAAAACACAUUUACCUCUGUAAAAGUUUCUCCUAAGAAUGAAUCAAAUGGUGACCAUCACAGAAACACAACCAUCUCUGUUUGUACUGCAUCACAAUCAUCAGAAGAGGAUCAGAUAGCGAUCCAUGCAGGACAAGAAGUCAGCAGUUCCGUUCAAGGUGGUCGGCGCCCGGCAGGAAAGGUGAAGGUAAACAGUUUUCUAGACUUAGAAGAUUUGGACAUGGAUGAAGAGAGGAAGCCUCAAAUGAGCAUGGAUGCGCUGCUACUUCCUGGACAAGUGGAACAGGAUGUAAGCACCGGUGUUCCUGCCCAUGUUCCUUGUGUGGACCAGCCUCUCACCUCUGAGGUGAAGCCCAAGCCCACAGUAGAAAGAAAACAGAAGCACACUGAAGAGAUACUUGGAGAUGAAGUCCAGCCCUUCUCUCUGGAUGAAGAAUUUGACUAUGAAAAUGUGGCUCUCACCCCCAAAUUCUCCUUUGAAGAGAUAGAGACCAUCAAAGAGUCAUCAAAUCAAAAGGGAAAAGACACCAAUCUGGACUAAUGGGGACCCCACUACUGAGCCAAUGGCUAUUUUUGUGUUUAGGUUUAUUUUGUUCAUAUUCAAGCAACCUUAGAAUAAAACAUAAGCCAACUGAC